AUGGGAGGAGGUUUAGGAGACCCACCUUACUCAGAAUCCAAGACUGCAUGUAGUAAAACAGCCUCCGAUCGCUCUUCCGGUUUCGCUGAACGCUAUUUCUCCCAUUUCAGAUUCUCGGCAAAGCCCUGGCUUUUCCGUCUUCCUGCAUUGUCAAAGGCCGAACCCAAGAGGGAAAUGACGAGAAAGAAGAUAGAGAUAAGGAAGAUCGAUAACAUAACAGCGAGGCAAGUGACAUUCUCAAAGAGAAGAAGAGGGCUUUUCAAGAAAGCUAAGGAACUUGCUACGCUCUGUGAUGCUGAGAUUGGUCUCAUCGUCUUUUCUUCUACUGGAAAACUCCAUGACUAUGCAAGCACAAGGUCACUUCCUUCUCUCUCCAAAUUUGCUUCAUCUAUAAAAACCAGGAUUAGUUUUUUUAGGUGA